CAGGGGUUCGUGAAAAGAUAUCAACCGCCCCUCUCGAUCUAACCGAGACAUCUUUUAUCUUUACCUGUUCAUCGAAUAUCCACUCAUACACCCCUCCCCCAAGGCCAAGGCUCCCAACAUGGAAUUCACUCUUGAGCCCAAUCGACCAAUGAAGCAUGUCGACCGUAAAGCCCUGUACACCCGUCUAGAGGCGCGCAUCACUUACCUGCGAGACUUCCUGGACUUCAAUUCAAGUGACGUUGAGGCAUUGGUGGCAGGCUCCAAGUAUAUCAAGGCCCUGAUCCCUGCCGUGGUCAACAUCGUUUAUAAGAAACUUCUCGAGUCCGACAUCACCGCUCGUGCCUUCCACACGAGAGAUACCGCCGACGAUACCCCCGUCGAGGAGUUCUUCACUGAAGAAAGCCCCCAGAUCCAACGUCGCAAGAUGUUUUUGCGUUGGUACUUGAUUAAGCUGUGUUCCGACCCUUCUCAGAUGGAAUUCUGGCGGUACUUGAACAAAGUUGGAAUGAUGCACACUGCCCAGGAACGUCUGUACUCGCUCAACAUCGAAUACAUCCAUAUCGGCGCUUGUCUCGGAUUCAUUCAAGAUAUCUUCACCGAAGCCCUCAUGUCACAUCCUCACCUAUCGCUCCCUCGCAAGACCGCCCUGGUUCGUGCCAUCAGCAAGAUCAUCUGGAUCCAGAACGACCUCUUCGCCAAGUGGAGAAUCAGGGAUGGCGAAGAGUAUGCCGAUGAGAUGUCGGAGAUUAUGGUUGACGAUAAAGAAGGGUACCUGGGCGACAAGAAGAUCCUGGGUGACAACAGCAGCACCUCCGCAAGCUCGAGUGAGGAUGACCGCUCAAGCAUUCACAGUGGCACGGUCCCUACUUCCACCCCGGCAUGCCCCUUUGCAGACAUGGCAAAGCCCGCGUCGGAAACCAAGAUUUGGGCCGGGUCUAACUGAGCCAGUCGGUGGUCUGGAUAGUAAUAGAACGUCACGGAUGGUAUACAGGUUUUCAAGAGCAUAGCGGGCGUCAGGCAUAUGUGUUCCGGGUAUCUUGUUUGUUUCCUGGUUUUUGUGGUUUCCAAAGAAGUUGUUUGUAUCUUGGAGCAUGCAUGGACGGUGUUGGGGUUCGCACAGGCAAU